GGGACUGAAGCCUCUCCUCUUCUCUGGGCGGUUCCAGUCUGCGAGAGACGUUUAGGAAGAAAGCCCACUAACAAAACUAUCAGCGCAGACACAAACAUGGCGCCUGCCUCCGCCGACAACUUCAGAUGAAAGUGUGGCGAAGCAGCAAAGUUUCACAGGAGUACCUCGAAGUGGCUUUUUUCGCGCGCGCCGUCCUGUUUUUACCUGUUUCGGUUUGCACACGAAGAAAUACGGAAUAUAACAAGCGGGUAAAAACAGCAAGUUGCCUACAUGUCAACAUUGUCUCUCGCUGCAGUGUAAACAGCUGGUACGCCCAGCCAUGAUCGAGGACAAGGGUCACCGUGUGACCGACUACUUUGUGGUGGCUGGGCUGACAGACAAGUCCACGCCCCUGGAGCAGGACCUGUCAGAGACCAAGUCCAGCGGGCCCAAAGCGCCCAUCACCGACCUGGCCGUCAUUAACAGGUCAGCAGGAGAAACAGUGCCCGAGGGCUUCACUUGUAUCGACACCACAUACAGUGGCCAGCCAGCCAACCUUAAUCAUGGCAGCCUCAAGAGCCCUGAGCUGUUUCUGUGCUACAAGAGGGGUCGAGGGAAGUCUCCGCUCAUCGACAUCGGGGUGCUUUACGAGGGCAAGGAGCGUCUGAUCCACGGCUGCGAGGUCAUCCAGGCCACACCAUACGGCCGCUGCGCCAACGUUAACAACAGCUCUGCCAACUCGCAGCGCAUCUUCAUCACCUUGCGCAGAGCGCCGCCCGUCCAGCCUCAGAACUCCCUGGCAGUGACAGACAUCUGCGUCAUUAUCACCAGCAAAGGCGAGACGCCACCACAUACCUUCUGCAAGGUGGAUAAGAACCUCAACUGUGGCAUGUGGGGAUCCAAUGUGUUCUUGUGUUACAAGAAGUCAGUAUCUGCGUCUAACUCCAUCAGUUACAAAGCUGGUCUCAUCUUUCGUUACCCAGAAGAGGACUACGAGUCUUUUCCUCUGUCAGAAUCUGUCCCUCUGUUCUGUUUGCCCAUGGGUGCCAAGAUUGAAUGUUGGGCACCGAACACACGAGAUCCUCUGCCUGUCUUCUCUACAUUCGUCUUAACCAUCUCCUCUGGUGAAAAGGUGUAUGGAUCAGCCAUCCAGUUCUACGAGCCACAUCCAGUGGAUCAGUUGAGCGAGAAGCAGAAGAUCCAGCUGGGCUUGCUCACCACUGUGGAGAAGAAGAUGAUCCCCAACCGGCCUGUAAACACCAAUAAGUGCAUCUGCCUGCUGUCCCGCUGGCCCUUCUUUGAGUCCUUCCGCAAGUUCCUGAUGUUCCUCUACAAGCUCUCCGUCUCAGGCCCACACCCACUGCCUAUUGAAAAGCACAUCUCGCACUUCAUGCACAAUGUGUCAUUUCCUUCCCCUCAGAGGCCGAGAAUAUUGGUCCAGCUCUCAGCACAUGACACCUUGAUCCUCUCCCAGCCUGUGUGUACACCUUUACCCCUCAGCGGGGCAGACUACGGCACUCUGCUGAUGAAUCUGGGCUCAGAGAACUGUGCCACGCUGCUGCACUUUGUCCUGCUGGAGAGCAAGAUCCUGCUGCACUCACUGCGGCCUGCUGUGCUCACCGGAGUGGCCGAGGCUGUGGUGGCUAUGAUCUUCCCCUUCCAGUGGCAGUGUCCCUACAUCCCCCUGUGCCCACUCUCCCUAGCAGGCGUCCUCAACGCUCCAUUGCCUUUCAUAGUGGGCGUGGACUCCCGCUACUUCGACCUUUACGACCCCCCGCCUGAUGUUGUCUGUGUGGAUCUGGACACCAACACUAUCUACCUGUCUGACGAAAAGAGACACAGCAACUGGAAGAACCUCCCAAAGAAGCCCUGCAAGAGUCUCGUCAACUCCCUGAGCAACUUGCACCACCAGCUGGCCACAGUUUCAGUCCGUCAAACAGCGCAGGAAAACUCGUUAGUAAACUCGGCAGUGGACAUGACCCCCAUCGAAGCAGACUUCACCUGGCACAAGAAGAAGACGGCCCUGGAGAUGGAAAUCCAGGAGGCCUUCCUUCGCUUCAUGGCCUCCAUCCUGAAGGGCUACCGCUCCUACCUCAAACCCAUCACCCAGGCGCCUUCCGAAAAGGCCACGGCUGCAGACUCCCUCUACGACCUGCAAGGGUUCCUCAAAAGCAGAGACAGAGCCCACCAGAAGUUCUACUCCCAGCUCACCAAGACCCAGAUAUUCAUCCGCUUCAUUGAGGAGUGCACCUUCGUCAGUGACAAGGACACCGGCUUGGCCUUCUUUGACGACUGCGUGGAGAAGGUCGAAGGAGAGUCAUCUGAGGACACGAGACUGUUAGAGCUGGACGAGUCCCAGAAGAGCGAGCACACUGUCUUUGUCAUGCCUCCUGAACCUCCAGUUGAUGAUGGAACUGAACCUGCCCCCAAAUACACCUACAAAGGUUUCCCCAGGCUGCGUAUGGAGCUAUUUGACCGUCCUCGGGAGUUACGACCAGCAAUCAGCAGCAGAGCAGCAGGGGCCAGUCUGUCCAGCAGCCCCGCACUACUGGCUAAGAGGACAAAGCAGGAGAUCAAGCUAGCAUACAAGAUGGCCAAGCGUUUCUACUCCAACCCUGCGCUGUGGGCACGCUGUCUGUUCAGCCACUGCUACAGCCUGUGGUUCAUCUGCCUGCCGGCAGCCGUGAGACUGUCCAAGUCUAAAAGCCGUGCCAUGCAUCAGGCGUACAACGUACUCCUGAAGAUGAGGACCACUGAGGUGGAGGUGCUGGAUGAGGUGUGUUAUAGAGUUGUGAUGCAGCUGUGUGGUGUGUGGGGUCUUCCUGUCAUGGCUGUACGAGUCCUGGUUGAGAUGAAGAAAGCUGGAGUACACCCGAACGCCAUCACAUAUGGAUACUACAACAAGGCCGUCUUAGAGAGCCCAUGGCCGAGCAGGAACCGCAGUGGCCUCUUUAUGUGGACAAAGCUUCGUAAUGUGCUUCGUGGAGUGGCCCAGUUCAAGCACGCUCUACACCAAACCUCAUCCGAGAAGGGACCCACACUUAGUACCACAGCUGCAUCACCAGUCAGCGAUGCUGACCGUUUAAGUCAUGGAAGUGCCGACAGCUCAAGUGAGGUCAACGGUGAGGAGCACAACCUGUUUGCCCACAGCCACGGCAUGGAAGACACAGCAGACAACCACUGUAGCACAGGAAGGCAGUCUGAUCAAGGCUACGGCUCUAAAGAUGAGCUACACCAGGAGCUGGUGGAGCCUUCACACACAGCUGUCCUUGCCGCUGAAGAGAGAAACAAUUCCAAAGCACAGCAUAAUGGAAGUGACAUUGCUGGCUCGGUGGACAGUGCUGUAGCAGUAGCAGAGCCCCCCAGUGCUGUUGAUGUGUCCUCACCGGUCCCCAGUAUUGUGAAGCUGUCCACAGGGAGCUUUGAUGGAGGCAGGGAAACAGGUACAGGGAAGCUGUUCAGGAGACACAGCAAGAAUGAUAGCGUGUCUUUUCCUGAUGAUACGGCCGAGCUGCCAUCAGGGGAUGUAGCUCACCAGUCUCAGCAGCAGCGGCAGAAAUGCUUUGCCGAACGCAGCUGUAGCUUCAGCGCUGAAACCCGUGCUGGGAUGCUCCUAGAGCAAGGCGUGGACCACAUGGCCAGUCAGAUGGGUGCCGACGCCCGUAUCCUGACCGCAGCGCUCUGUUCGGGCCAAAGUCCACCCCCUAAUAGUGUGUCCAAAGCACUUUUCAAAGACCUGGAAGAAGAGAAUGAAGAUGAUCAGGACUUGACACUGGUAAAGCUGCAAGAGGAAGAGGGGCCAGGAGCAUCAGAAGAAGGGAAGGGAGAUGGUGAAGAGGUGGAGGGGACGGAGAUAAAAACAGAGAAACGACAGAGGAAGCAAACUGAAACAAACGAGGAGGACUCUAGUUUGCGAGGGCCGACCCUGGAGAGGGAGGACGUGGAGGUGGGCGCUGACCCGCUUUCCCUCCUUGUGACCGAGCGUGAAGAGUCGGCCUCUGUCACCAGCCAGGAGCCGCCGCGCUCCAUGCCUGCUGUGGUGUCCCGCAACCUGGCCGAGGAGAUCGAAAUGUACAUGAGCCUGCGAAGCCCCCUGGGUGUGAAGUCCUCCAGCAUGGAGCUCCAGCAGGCCCAGGGAGACACUGUCGACACCCCACAGCCCAAACAGUCAAUGGAGCGCAGGUCCAGCCUCCCCGUGCCUCCCGUCAAAACUCCAACGGGCUCCCCAGGUGAUACACCCAAACGCAGCCCCAACGCUGUUACUCGCUCCAAGACUUUCGCAGCAAAGACAAAGACUCCUGGCAGCACUGCGGGAAGCCCGGGUCCAAGAUCAUCCUCACUGACAGCGCUGGUCAAGUCCUCCCAGGGAGGGUCAUUGGGCUCAGUCAUCAACUCCAUUUCAGGCAUCAAGAUGGACACCCUCUUGUCGGGACCUAAGAUUGACGUGCUUAAAUCUGGCAUGAAACAGGCGGCAAAUGUGGCCAGCAAAGUGUGGGGAGCAGUCGCUUCAGCUUACUCUUACUCAGAUGACGAGGAUGAAGCUCAGGGUGGUGGCGGCGGCUUCCCGUCCCAUCUGGAUGAAAACAUGCUGGCUGCACAUGACAUAGACGAGAGCCCUGAGAGAGGAGCAAUACCGGGGUUGGUGGCCAACGGUCUCAACCAGAGCUGCACCAGCCUGGGCAGCAGCAGCGGCAGCAGUGACACGGGCCGAGGGACCCAGCAGAUACAUCCAACUCCAGGACGAGCAGGCAGGGGUCCAGACUCUGAGCAAGGCUCCUCACAUCACGCUUCUUCCACAAGCAUUUACCAGAACUGUGCACUGGAGGUUCUGAUGUCCAGCUGCUCCCAGUGCCGCUCGUGUGAAGCCCUGGUGUACGACGAGGAGAUAAUGGCAGGCUGGACAGCCGACGACUCCAACCUGAAUACCAACUGUCCUUUCUGUCGCACAGCCUUUCUCCCCUUACUGCAUGUGGAGUUUCAUGACUUGCGCACAAUGACUGGGUUCUACGUGAAUCCCAGUGCUUCACAAGACAGUCUCCACAGCACCAGUGCCCAGCCCACAGCCAGCGGCUCAGCUGACAUAAAGACACCAGACCUUAUCGCUUUCCCUGAAGAAGAACCAAGGGAGACUCCAGAUAAUCUGCCUGGAUCACAUAGGAGUCUGAUCCCAGAGCCAGUGCAGUCGGACCCCCUGGGUCUCCUGGAGCACCAGGCAGCGGGGAAGCAGCAGAAGUGCAGUGGGACGUCACUGACGCGCAGCAACAGUGUCGGUGGCCCUUUGCAGAGCCUGGACUACUCCCAGAGACCCGGGCACGGCGUCUCCACCACGAGCUUGCCCUGCAGCCUGCAAGAGGUGUCGGAUGGCAUGGGGACAAAACGGCCGAACCCCAAGCCUGUGUCCGUGCCGUACCUCAGCCCGUUGGUGCUGCGCAAGGAGCUGGAGACCCUGCUGGAGAACGAGGGAGAUCAGGUGAUCUACACCCACAAGUUCCUCAACCAGCACCCCAUCAUCUUCUGGAACCUGGUUUGGUAUUUCCGCCGUCUGGACCUGCCCAGUCAUUUACCUGGUCUCAUCCUUACCUCUGAACACUGCAACAAAGGAGUCCAGCUGCCCCUGACGUCACUGUCCCAGGACAGCAAGCAGGUAUACGUCCAGCUCCUGUGGGACAACAUCAACCUGCACCAGGAACAUGGAGAGCCCCUCUACCUGCUCUGGAGGACCUUGUUGGAGAAAAAGGGAACAUUGGCGCCGACAGACCACCAGGAGAUUCGUACCCUCCUCAACACAAUUGUUCGCAACAUCCAGACCAACGACGUCUACGGGCCCAUCAACCUGUUGAUCCGAGAGAUCAAACGGCGUCCGGAGGGUGUCAAACGGCAGAGGAGUAUCUAUAGAGAAAUAUUGUUCCUCUCACUGGUGGCCUUGGGGAGGGAGAACAUCGACGUAGAGGCCUUCGACAGGGAGUACCGCCUGGCGUACGACGAACUGAGCCCCGAGCAGCUCAAGUCUUUGCUCCGCUUCGAUCGACCGCCCAGCGCCAGUGUCCAGUGGUGCCUUAAAUGCUUCGGCAGCCCCAUCAUCUGACCACAAACGCCUGCGGCAAAGAUGAAAGAACCCGACUGGUCAAGUGCGACAGGUGGCAGGAGGGAAGGAUAGGCGGCGAGACAGGGUGUGAGCAAAAAAUUAUUCUGUAUUCAAACACCACCAAUCGCCCAAACAUGGUACUUCUUCUUCUUCCCUUUCUCUUGGAAGAUGCCCCAUCAUCUUUUUUUUCUUUUCUGUUUUUUUUACCACCUUAUGAUGCUUUUCAUCGGCUUUUCCAAGCAGCUACUUACAGGUGGGACUGUUUCUGUAAAUGGCUCGGAAAAGCUGCAGUGAAUCCUUUGGGACUAGUUGAGGUGUGUUUCUUUAAAGAUGGUGUAUAAAAUGAUUAAUCACUGUACAGAAUGUAUUGACUGCUCUUAUGGUGUAGACAUAUCUGUGUGUCCGUGUGUGUGACAGUUCCUUGUCUCAUAGCCUUUUGCCUGCUCUGCUAAAAUCUGCGCUAACUCUCCCAACAUUAGAUCAGUCCGACUUAUUUGAGAGCGUGUACAGAUCCAGACUGUUCCUUUGUGCACUUUCUAAAAAAACACAAGUCCACCUGUCUUUUGUACAUAUUGUUUACUUCGGGGGGAAAUCUGAAACCAGGGUUGCCUAUUUUUCUGGCGGCAACACAUCUCCAUGACUGUUUAUGUGAUCCAAGUCUUAAUGAAUGUUCAGGUUUGUUUCUUUGUAAAUGUACAUGGAUGUGUAAAUACGCAAUGGAAGCACACACGUGAAUGGGAGAGGACUGAGGACAAUCACUAAUUAUCAAUCACUAGAAUUAAUUCUGCAACAUUCCAGGUGCCCUGCAAUCAAAACAGGUCUUAAAGAAGCGACACUCGACAACCAGACGAGUGGGAGGUGAGCUUAUAAAACAAAUGCAUCAAUGGGAAGUGAAAAGGCAUGCCGCACUACUGAUCCCCACACUUUAAAACGAAGACACAUGUUCUGUCGCAGGGAAAGGCGGCUCUGUGCCUCAGCGACGGAGCAGUUGGUCCAACUUGUGUUUUUAAUAUCUGCGUUUUUUUAACAGUAACAUACUUUACUUGUUCAGCUAAUAUGCCUUAUUCUAAUGGUAAAUUACAACUGUAACUCACAUGUGCUGGGGCUGCUCCUUACUCUAGCUUAGAACGAACCAGUAAGGUUGUUUGUUUUUUAAUUGGGUAUUUGCAGACAAGAUUGCUUUUAUGGUUUACACAGAGUAGCAAUUAGAGCUUUAUACUGCAAAGGGCUUCUUCAGUACUGCUGACACUGUGUUAAGAAAGACAGUUUCACAACAUGACAUUCCACUAAAUGCUCCGACUAAAGCAAAGUGCUGUUGGGAUGAACUGUUGGGAAAUGGGCGUAGGUGGUCCGAUUGUAGCCUUGGGAGAGCGACUUGUACAGAAGCGAUAAUAUUGUGAAAUAUUCAAUUUGCACUGCAGAGAUUUAAAAAAAAAAAAAGAACCCUGACCUUUAUCAAGGAAGAUGAGAUGAGACCACCUCUAAACAGUAGUUUUUCCUCCAAAACAAGAUGAAAUUCUCAAUUAUUUAUUUUUGUAUCAUUGACAUAUGGAUUGCAGACGGUGUAACUUUAGCAUUUGUAUGACUAACAAUCCCCACUUUGCCUUUUAGUUUGUUUCAAGGGAUCCCACCCUGUACUGACUUUGUAAAUUUGACCUCCUUAUGGCAGAGGAUGUACAGAAGAGACUGUUCUUUAACAAUAGAUUAAGUGAUCUCUUACCGUCCUGUGGAAAGGAAUUGAAUGUCUACACUUAAGUGCGCUGCAAUAAAUGAGUUUGUGAACUGAUUGAAAACAAAA